UCGUUCUACUGAAGGCACAAGUCGCUUGAACGCAUCACGUCAAGAUCUCUUCAAGAAAAAAUGGUUCGCAGCAAUCUCCGUUACGGUCCUAACCAUGGCCAUCCCACGACACCCAUCCCGAAAGCUGUCCGCCCCAGCCAGCGCAAAGGCGUGCAGUCGACCAAGACCAAGUUUGUACGGUCUGUGAUCCGAGAGGUUGCUGGAUUCUCUGCGUAUGAGAGGCGGGUAAUGGAGUUGUUGAGGAACUCAAAGGACAAGAAAGCCAGGAAGUUGACGAAGAAAAGACUCGGAACGCUUCUUCGUUCCAAACGCAAAUUGGAGGAACUGUCCACGGUUAUCCAAGAGAGCAGGAGGGCAGGACAUUAGGUCAUUUACUUAGUGUGCCGCUGUGUGCCGAUAUGUCAUAUAUGCUUACGUGGUUACGGCUAUGGAAUGAACGCUGAU